UUUUCAACAACUUCUCAACAACUUCUCAAUAUUUGGUACUGUGAAGGCGGAGUUUCUUCUUUUACUUUAAGUAUAUUAAACAACUCCAAAUCUUCAACUUAUAUGGCUUUGGUCAAGAAACAAAAUUCUUCUCGAGGCUGGAUUGAAACAGUUCCUAAAGCAGCAACAACAGAAGAAAAUGGUGAAGAGGAGGAAAAAGUAAAACGUCUUGAAGAACUUUCUAGUAGUGAUAAAAAAAUAGAGCAAAGCAUUCAGAUUGGCACCAAAUACGUGAACAGCCAACUCCAUUGGGAAAAACAAUUAGAAGAUGAAUUUACUUCAACAACAGAAUUUAAAAAAUUAAAAGAUUAUCAAAAUAAACGACAACUUUUAAUUUAUACACCAGCAAUACCAACAACUUUUAAAAAUGUUGUUAAAUUUAAACAUUUAAUAAAAUGGAAAUGUUGCGAAGAAAAUAAAAUUUUGACAACAUUAAAAAAUGAUUUGGAAAGUGGAAAAGUAGAGGACGACAAAAUUCAAAAUUUAACGGAAGAUGGAAAAACUACAGCAUCAUCAAUUCUUAAAAAUAAUUUUUUCCAACAAAAUUUAAAUAAUAAAAUAAUUUGGAGAAAUUCAGUAAAAAGUUAUGAAUGGUUAAAAUUGAGUGAAAAUAGGCUUUGGGCUAAUAAACAGCCAACAGGGCUUUGGAUUGAUUUACAGGAUCUCGAGUUUGAUCAUCAUUGGCUUUUUACAAAAUCAGAAUCAGCAGAAAGAGAAUUAGUUUCGGCUUAUGAUGCUUGGGUAGAAGUACAUCAACAAGUUUUGAAUUUAAUCAAAAAAUGGUUGCUGUUGAGAGAACAAAAAGACGAAGUGGAAGGGGAAGAAGAAGAAAUAUUUGAAGCGACAACAAAAACAGAGGAGGAACUUAAAUUAUUAUUUAAUCAAAUUGUUGAACGUCAAACAACAUUAGAACGCUGUAGGUAUAAUUUUAUUUUUUAAUAAUUUUUGCUUUCAUUGAACGGACUAUAGCUGUUGACUAACUUUCUUACACUAAGCAAAAGCCUGCCCAAACUCUCAAUUAAAAAAAUAUUUUUUAUUUCUAUAUACACAAAAUAAAUUAAUAUCA